CAGGAGCUCUCCCACCCGGACGCCCGACCUCUCUGGAGCAGCUGCGCCCCCUGCCGGUCCGUAGCCGGCGGAAGUGCGAGACCGGAAGUUGCGUAUCCUCCGGCGCCGGCACCGUGCCUCGGGCGAGGCCUUGUGGAUCCCGAGGAUACUACUAUGGCUUCCAGUGGCGUCGGCGUGAGCGCCCCGGGCGCGGCGAAUGAAGCUCCCGAAAUUCCGGACAACGUGGGAGAUUGGCUUCGGGGCGUCUACCGCUUCGCCACCGACAGGAACGAUUUCCGGAGGAACUUGAUCCUCAAUUUGGGGCUUUUUGCUGCAGGCGUUUGGCUGGCCAGGAAUUUGAGUGACAUUGAUCUAAUGGCCCCUCAGCCAGGGGUAUAGCCAAAUAGACACAUGGAACCCCCUGUGCUGUACUCGAACCUUCCAAAAACAGCCUCCAAUCUUUGACCAUCACAAGACUUUCCCUGAUGGAAGUUGAAGUUUCAUUCAGAUGGGCACCUUCCCUUCCCGAUUGCCUUUUCUUCGUUGAGCCCACUCAGAACUCCAUUCUCUGGUCAGCAGUCAGGCUUCAGCCAAAGUGUUGUCCUCUGUUCUAUAAAGUUCUGUACAUAGGUCCAAAGUUUCUGCAGGGGGUGAUUUUUGCUCUUGUCCUGAGGAAUAACCUAAUGGUAUUUUAACAAAUAUUUGGAAUAAAGACUGCACGCAAAGACAAA